CAGGAGCUGUGCAUGGAUUGACCUGAGAGAUAGAGAGGACAAGAGUAGUUUCUUUGCGUCUUUUUGCGUCCCUUCUCAAGCCGCUGCAUGUUCACUCAGAGUGAAAGAAAAAGAGAAGACAUUUUCUCCCGAAGAGCAAAAAUAAGAAAAACUUGACACCUGGAGUACAAAGUGAGAGGCAGGUAGAUUGAGGCGAGUGUUUGAAGUGUGUUUGGAGGAGUGUGUGUGUUUCUGUUUGUGUGUGAGGCCAGCACGCCUGUGGCUGAGGGGAAGCCAGUGGAUCGUACAGCUCUGUAAUGCUUUGUGGAAGUAUAGGACUGCUAACUGACCUGAUUACACCCUGAGGUGAAGAAAUCACACAGUGAAUCUCAUGUUCCAGACCCUUCGGACGCCAGGUCUAUGGAAAUGCAGGACCUAGCCAGUCCUCAUAACCGUGUGGGAGGUGGAGAUUCGACGGGCUCCAAACUGGACAAGAACAACCUUGGCAGCCCCUCCAUCACCACCAAUGGAACGGGAGGUGAAAACAUGACAGUUCUAAACACGGCUGAUUGGCUGUUGGGCUGCAGCAGCCCGCCCCCUGCCCCGAGCUCCAAGGACUAUGUGAAAACAGAGCCUAUGAACAACAGCGAAACAGUCACUACAACAGGCGACACAGCACUGGACACAUAUGCAGGCUCAGUAAUCACCAGCAGCGGGUACAGCCCUCGUUCAGCCCACCAGUACUCCCCUCCCCUCUACCCAUCAAAGCCCUACCCUCACAUUCUCUCCACACCGGCAGCCCCUCCAAUGCCGACAUACGCCGGGCAACCCCAAUUCAGCAGCAUGCAGCAGUCAACUGUCUACACUGCGUACUCCCAGACAGGACAAGCAUACGGACUGUCCACCUAUGAUCUUGGUGUGAUGUUGCCGGGCAUUAAGACGGAGAGCGGCCUGGCUCAGAGUCAGUCUCCUCUGCAGACAGGCCUUAGCUACAGCCCCGGCUUCACCACACCUCAGCCCGGACAGACUGCAUACUCACCCUAUCAGAUGCCAGGUUCCAGUUUCACUCCUUCCUCAGGCCUCUACGCCACCAACAACUCAGUGUCCAACCCCGCCAACUACACUGCCACACAGCAGGAUUAUCCCUCAUAUACGACAUUUGGCCAAAACCAGUAUGCCCAGUAUUAUUCCGCCUCCACCUAUGGGACUUACAUGACCUCCAACAGCGUGGACGGCACAGGCUCCACCGCAGCCUACCAGGUGCAAGAUCCCGCCCCUGCCAUGACCGGACAGGCUGCUGAACUACACCCAGGGGACUUUGAUACAGUGCAGAGCCCCUCCACGCCCAUCAAAGAGCUGGACGACCGAGCCUGCCGGAGUGGGGGGUCCAAGUCCCGGGGCAGAGGCCGCAAGAACAACCCCUCCCCUCCCCCUGAUAGUGACCUGGAGAGGGUGUUUGUGUGGGAUCUGGACGAGACAAUCAUCGUCUUCCACUCUCUGCUCACGGGCUCCUACGCACAGAAAUACGGCAAAGAUCCCCCAAUGGCGGUGACACUGGGUCUGAGAAUGGAAGAGAUGAUCUUCAACUUGGCUGACACACACUUAUUCUUUAAUGACCUGGAGGAGUGUGAUCAGGUACAUAUUGAUGAUGUAUCAUCAGAUGACAAUGGCCAGGACUUAAGUACUUACAGUUUUGCAACUGAUGGCUUCCAUGCAGCUGCAACCAGCGCCAACCUGUGCCUGGCUACGGGUGUCCGCGGCGGGGUCGACUGGAUGAGGAAACUGGCCUUCCGCUACCGACGAGUCAAAGAGUUGUAUAGCACGUACAAAAACAAUGUGGGGGGUCUGCUGGGUCCUGCUAAAAGAGACGCCUGGCUGCAGCUCAGAGCAGAGGUGGAGGCUCUGACUGACUCCUGGCUCACCCACGCACUCAAGUCCCUGUCCAUCAUCAGCUCCAGGAGUAACUGUGUAAAUGUGUUGGUGACCACAACGCAGCUCAUCCCAGCACUCGCUAAAGUUCUCUUGUACAGUCUGGGAUCUGUUUUCCCCGUCGAGAACAUUUACAGUGCAACAAAAAUAGGAAAAGAGAGUUGCUUUGAACGCAUAAUGCAAAGGUUUGGCAGGAAAGUAGUGUAUGUUGUUAUUGGGGACGGUGUGGAAGAGGAGCAGGCGGCCAAAAAGGUAAUGGACCCGCAACCUCACCGUGACCCCGCCUACUCCACACAGUCACAACAUGCCUUUCUGGAGGAUAUCCAGUCACUCUGACCUGCUGGCACUACACCAAGCACUGGAGUUUGAGUACCUGUAACUAUUAAAGCAAUAUGGACUCAUGCGAAUGUUACCGCGGACAUGGUCAGCCAGGCAGCCCCCUUCUUUUGUAUAACUAUUUAAGAACAAACAAUACACUGCAACUGUUUUUGUGAUUUUUUUCUUUUUGUCUUGUCUUUUUGAACGUCUGGAUUUACAAACUCUGAACGGUCUUAAGCGAAGGAGAGGUGAAAGGAGGUUAACAGUGGAGUUAAGAGACGACUUAACUACCCAGCUCGGCCCUCGAGGCCCCGAUGCCGGGAACGGACCGCUGUGAAACCCCCCCCCCCCCCCCCAUCUACUGUCGUUGCAGCUGUAGCAGACCGAAAGAUCACCCUCGGCCCGGGAGGAUUUUUCGUGGGCUACUUCUUGUUUGCUUUGUUCUGGAGCAUCCAGACCAGGACGAACUAUCUUCAAACAACGAGGGCUUCUCCGUAAAGGCAAUGUGUGAGGGGACAACAGCUGCUUUUUAAAAAAAAAAAAAGUGUUUACUUCCUAGUGGUAUAAUAAUCACAACACAAUGCAGUCUGCACCAGAAACUUAUGUAAAUUAUUUACAAUAAACUUAAGGGGCAGUGGUGGAUGUUUUUGUCAAGGAAAUUCAAUUUUUGGGGUCUUUUUUUUUUCCUCUGGAUUUUUUGUAAUUGUCUGGGCAGGGGGAUUUGAGGAU